AUGCCCAAACUUCUUACGCGACCAGGGAGCCAUCCGCUACGCUCACUAUCGCGCACAGCGCAGUCACACUGGAAGUUGAUCUUGGCUAUCGCUUCUUUGUUGCUCGUUGAAGCGUACGUCCACGUACACAAAUACGAUGUCCCUCGCCCGUCGCCGCCCCUCGAUGCGCCCUUCUACACAGGAUGUCAGGACCCCGUCCUGAAUACGACCGCACGCGAAUCUGCCGUGUUCAUGAUGCUCGCACGCAACUCGGAGGUCAAGGGUGCAGUCUCGAGCGUGCGAAGCGUGCAGGAGCAGUUCAACGACAACUUUGGGUAUCCCUGGGUUUUCCUAAAUGACGAGGAGUGGACUGAGGACUUCAAGCGGAAGGUGGGCAAGGCAGUCGGAGAAGGCGCAGACGUCAAGUUCGAAGUCAUUCCCAAGGAGAUGUGGGGGUAUCCCGAAUGGAUCGACCAAGCCCGCGCAAAGAAGAGCAUGCAGGAUAUGAAGAACCGGGGUAUACAAUACGGAGGACUAGAGAGCUACCACCACAUGUGUCGCUUCCAAUCUGGCUUCUUCUACGACCACCCCGCCCUCCUCCCCUACAAAUACUACUGGCGCGUCGAGCCCAGCAUCUCCUUCACCUGCGCCAUAACCUACGACCCCUUUGUCGAAAUGGCCCGCCACAAGAAACGCUACGGCUACACAACCGCCCUCUGGGAGCGCGGCCAGACCGUCCCCUCCCUCUUCCGCAAACUCUCCCUCUACAAGAACGAAUACCGCCUCCCCACCUCCACGCUCUGGACUGCCAUGAUCGACGCAAGCUGGAUGCCGUGGCCCUUUCGUCGCAUGCUGGCUGCGCUGCGCAAUAGGGAUGAGCGGGGUGAUUUGUGGAAUAUGUGUCACUUUUGGUCGAAUUUCGAGAUUGCGGAUAUGGAUUUUUUCCGUGGGGAUGCGUAUCGAGCCGUGUUCGAUUAUCUAGACCGUGACGGCGGGUUCUACUACGAGAGAACAGGAGAAGGCGAAGGGGAUCAAGAUACCGAGGUAUGA